AUGCCAAGGCGUUCGAAACACCUACUUCGGCUACAAGAUGUUGAGGUUCGCCUGGACGGAGAGCAACUGAGGGCCUCCCGGAAGGAACCCCCUCCACCUAAGCCGAGGGACAUGUCGCAGGAACGUCCUCCACCAAUGGAGGAGAAGGAAGCAUCGUCCCCAUCUAUCUGGCCCGACGGAGGUCACCCAGAGCCACCAACGCCUCCACGUCCCCGACCCCCAGUGGCACCCCACUCCGGUCAUCGAGACCCGGGUCCCUCAACGCGGAGGCCAGGAAAAAGUCCCCAUGUGCAUUUGGUGAGUUCCAACUCAAAGAAUUGCUUUUAUGUGGAUGAAAUUUGCGAGUUGCACAAGAAAAACCAAAAGUUGGAAGCCACGCUAGAGAACAUGCAGGAGGUCUUAAACGACCUUCUGCAAGGAAAGUUGAGCCUACCCGUUCCAAAGCACAAGGAGAACGAACGAGAAAGAGGGGAAAUCGCUAUCCCCGUGGACGAUGGGAGAAUCCAGCUCUCCACCAGUAACACCCCCCAGACAAAGUACCAUGAGGGACCGAGACCGACAAAAUACCCCCAAGAGCAAAGACAGAGGAACAACGAUGGUCUCAGGAACGAGCCUGAAGUCACCUCUAAGGAAGCGAUGCCUGACCUAAGAGAAGAGCUCAAUGGGAAGAGGUUAGCAGUGAGGACAACACCCCCUGUGGCCCCUCCGAAGGACAGAGAAAAGAGAAAGGGGAAUCCCACUGAGAUAAGGGACUCCUUACAUAAGAGGCGACAAGAGCUAGACACCGAGAUGAGGAGUCUUCGGAGCAAGAUUACCACGGCGUCAGGGGGGCACCUUAACGAUGAAGAAUUCAACUACGAGUCACCUUUCUCACGAGAAAUCCAGUUGGAGUGA